AUGAUCGUUAAAGAAGAUUAUACAGAUACUUUUGCUGAUGACUUUGAGGAUAACAACCAAGAAAUAGCUGAAUUACAUCUCAAAAAAUAUACUAAAUCAAUAGAAUUUUCUUUAUACCGUAAAUGUUUUGAAGUUAACAAUGCUAGGAUUAUAUGUCGUCAAACAUUUGAAUAUAGUUUUUCUGGCGAACAGAUAUCAAAUAAAAACAGCUUAUAUGAGGAUGACUUUUAUCGUCAUUGGACACGUUUGCUUGAACAAUAUCCUCAGUCUCAAGGAUAUCUUAAUCAUACUUUACAUAAUUCUGGAAUUCAAAGCACUCAGAGAGUCAAAGUAAUGAAUAGGUUAAUUAAAGAAGGUACUAGUAGCACUUCUUCUUUAUCUAUUGGACCUAUAUUUCAUAAAGUAUUUGAAUUAAUGAAAAAAUAUUUAUCAACACAUAUUCUUUCUAUUCAAGAACAACAAAUUUAUAAUAUACAACCAUCUGAUAUUAUAGAAAUCUGGGAACUUUUAGGAAUUGUAAAUUUGAAUAAAUAUUAUAUUAUUUUGUUAAUUGAUAGUAGAUACUUAUGUACUUGUCUAUCUGUAACAAGUCGCAGACUUUAUCUAGAAGAUAUUCAAGAUAAUGAUGAUCAACUAAAUUCACAACACACAGUCAGAGUAGUAACUCAAUUUCAGCAAGAAAACUAUACAGAAAUAUCAAAUGAUUUACAUAUUUUUAAUACAUUCAAACCAACAGUCGUAUUUACAUUUAAAAUGAAAAAACAAUUAAGAAGGGAAAUAUGGUCAACAGCUUUAUUACUUGUAAAAAAAGGUAGCAUUAUAAAUGCAAACAAUAAAGAUAAAGAAAAUUUGUAUAUUUCAGAUCCUUUAAUUCAAAAACGAUGUGAACGCCAAUUUAAUAAAUGUAUUAAAUUAGCAUCAGAGAAAAAGUCAUAUGGUGAUUCCAGAAAUAGUGCAAUCAACCCUACUAAUCCUAAUUUAAAUAUACGUCUACUAAAAACAACAUCAGAUAAUAAGUUACAUGAUAAUAGUUCUGAAAGUAGCGUAAUUAGUCUACUUGACUACAAUUUGAACAUACAUAAAGAUAGACAACAAUAUAUAUAUAGAAAUCCUAUUCACACACUUGAUGAUAUCCAAGAAGUUGAUGCUAACAAUACUCUUAGCAAAGAUGAAGCUAUUGCUUCUGACACUGUAAAUGAAGAUAUUGUUAAGUAG